UUUCACUCUUUUACUGGAAUUAGGAUUAUCCUUCUUUUUGGAGGGGUGUCCAAUUACUUUCAACCCUGAGCGCAUGCCGAAAAUUUGAUCGAAUCAGAUGUGAUCAAGCCCCCCUAAACUUGAUUACUUUUCAACAACUGGGCCAUGAUGCAGACCCAUAAGUAAAAUGUCCUAUUUGUUCACUGACCCUCUCUUUCUUGUAAUGUUCAAGUCAUAACUAGUGAUUAUACUUCUGCAUUUAAAUUCUAUUUGAAGUUAGAUAUUUCUUCGUCAGUAUCUAAUCUAGAAUGUGGAACAUCUAUCGUCAUUCUAAGUCUCUAUGGUAACUCUUCCAGGCGUAUCAGAACAUCCACAUGUAAUGGCACAGAAGAUCCAUGGACAGAAUGAUGAACUCAACCUGCAGCUCAAAGGAAGGCUGCACCACUGCACAGUCUGCAGGAAGAGUUUCACAGCCCUGAGAGAACUUGACAAACACCAGCAAACACACUCAGUUAGAGUGAACGAAAAAGAGAGGUCUUGCAAAAAGCCACAUAAAUAUUCUCAUUGUGAAAAAGCAUUCACAACACCCUCAAUAGUCAACCGCUACAUGCUUAGCCAUACAUGUAACCAGUGUGGAAAAGCAUUCACACAAAAAGCAACUCUUAAAAACCACAUGCUAAUACAUACAGGAGAGAAACGUCAUAAAUGCGGCCAGUGUGAAAAAAAAACCUUUUCUCAUAGUUCAUCUCUUAAAACCCACAUGCUAAAACACACUGGAGAAAGGCCUCAUAAAUGUGCCCAGUGUGGAAAAGCAUUCACACAAAAAGCAGCUCUUAAAAACCACAUGCUAAUACAUACAGGAGAGAAACGUCAUAAAUGCGUCCAGUGUGAAAAAACCUUUUUUCAUAGUUCAUCUCUUAAAACCCACAUGCUAAAACACACCGGAGACAGGCGUCAUAAAUGUGCCCAGUGUGGAAAAGCAUUUAUAACCUCCACAGAUCUCAAUCGCCACAUGCUUACACAUACUGGAGAAAAGCUUCAUAAAUGUGACCAGUGUGGAAAAACCUUUUCUCAGUGUUCAUCUCUUAAAACCCACAUGCUAAAACACACUGGAGAAAGGCCUCAUAAAUGUGCCCAGUGUGGAAAAGCAUUUAUUACCUCCACAGAUCUCAAUCGCCACAUGCUUACACAUACUGGAGAGAAGCUUCAUAAAUGUGACCAGUGUGGAAAAACCUUUUCUCAGUGUUCAUCUCUUAAAACCCACAUGCUAAAACACACUGGAGAAAGGGCUCGUAAAUGUGCCCAGUGUGGAAAAGCAUUUAUAACCAUCACAGAUCUCAAUCGCCACAUGCUUACACAUACUGGAGAAAAGCUUUAUAAAUGUGACCAGUGUGGAAAAUCUUUUGCACAAAUUUCAAAUCUUAAAACCCACAUGCUGAUACACACUGGAGAGAAGCCUCAUGAAUGUGCACAGUGUGGAAAGGUUUUUACACGCUCCACAAAUCUUAAAAAACACAUGCUCAUACACAUAGGAAACUACUCAUCCCAUAAACCACCACGCCUCACUGAAUAUAAACAAGGACGAAACGGCACGAAUAUUGCCAUUUGA